GUUGACAACUGGUAACGGUAAGGGUUAUCAUUCCAUCACCAUUAGACUACAAAAUUGCUCAAAACGAAAAUGGAUUAAUUUACCGUUCGAAGUUCCAACUGUCAGAAGUCCAAUCCAACCGUCCACAAAAAUUCCGGUGGGAAAAAAAUGAAAAUUAAUAUAUUAAAAGGAAAAAACAAAAAAGAUUCAGCCAGAUUCCAUUCCAGUGGUUCGUUAUCGAGUACCGUCGCUGACAAUAAUCACUUCCUUCACGUCUUCAACAUUCGCUCAAUCAAUCAAUAAAAUCAAAUCUCUGGAAAAAUUAGAUCAGAAAACCCUAAUCUUGCACCUCUUUCUCCCCGGCUGUUGAGCUGUUGAAGCUUCAAUUGAUUUUUCUUUCAAAAAAAAAAAAUAAAGCAAUCUAGCAGGAAAAAUGAGCAAUUUGAGAACAAUCUGUAGGCCGCAUACUGUGUUCACGUCCUUCUUGUGUUGUAGGCACCAAGCUCGAUCCAGAGUUAGGGUUUCAUUUCGGAACCCUGACUUUAAGCCUCCGUUAUCGCCGCCGUCUCUUUUCUCUCCUUGGCUCCAUGGAAAUGACACGUGGUUUCGCGUUAACCAGAGGAGAACUGUGGUUAGGGCUUCUAGUUGGACCGAUCAGAAAUCUCCAUAUGAAACUCUUGAGUUGGAAAGGGGUGCGGAUGAAGAGGAGAUUAAGGUUGCUUACAGACGCUUGGCCAAAUAUUAUCAUCCAGAUGUCUAUGAUGGCAGAGGGACUCUUGAGGAAGGAGAAACAGCUGAAGCUAGAUUCAUUAAGAUUCAAGCUGCAUAUGAGUUGCUCAUGGAUGAUGAGAAACGGAGACAAUAUGAUAUGGAUCACAGGGUCAAUCCAAUGAAGGCAUCACAAGCAUGGAUGGAGUGGCUUAUGAAAAAGCGAAAAGCUUUUGAUCAACGGGGUGAUAUGGCCAUUGCCGCAUGGGCUGAACAACAGCAGCGUGAGAUGAAUCUCCGUGCGCGCCGUCUUUCUCGUUCAAAGAUCGACCCAGAAGAAGAGAGAAGAAUCCUAGCAAGAGAGAAAAAAGCGUCUGCAGAGUAUUAUACCAAUACUCUCAGGCGGCAUACACUUGUCUUAAAGAAGAGGGACUUGAUGCGGAAGAAAGCAGAGGAAGAGAAGAAAAAAGUUAUUAAUCAGCUUUUGGCUGCAGAAGGCCUUGAGCUGGACACAGAUGACGAUGAAGCUCUGUAGAGAAUGAUGCAGAUACUAGCUUAAUACUCUCGAUCAGACUACACAUCUUUGUUGAGAUUGUGGGAUAUCUCAGUCGUAAAAUAUAAAAAUAAAAGAGUAAAUAUAAAUGGUUAAAUUGUAAUAUUAAUUUGAUUAAUCAUUUUGAUGUGUAAAAUAAUCUAAUUACUUAUAUAAGUCUGAAUUAAAAUGAAUUAAAUUAUAGUUUGAUUGAUA